GAGAGAUGACGUUCGUUCAUACUUAAAAUUUUGUGAUUAAUAAUAAAAAGUAUAGUGAAAUAAAUGAAAUGAUGGAUUUAAAAGAAAUAAUAAAGUGGUUUAUACCUUGUUUUCACAUUUUGCUAAUUAAUAAAACAGGACGAACAAAUAUUUAUUUGACUUUCGUGUGUUUGUUUUUAAUUUCCAACACGCGACCCGGUUACGGGGCAAAAGUAAAUAGCAUUAGUGACACACAAAUUAGUUUUAAUAACAUAAAUAAAAAUGAUAAUAAUUUAAUUAUUAAUAGUAACAGUCCUAUAGUAAACCAAAGUGAAUAUUUUUCAAAUAAAUAUGCGGAGCAGCGUGCAAUUACAUCAGAUAAUUCUAUUGGGCGGACGUUCGGACGGCCGUUCAAGAAAAUGGCAGCGGCGUUGAUACCGCUGGUGUUCCAGAUGGGCGCGGCGGCGACCUGGGCCGUGGUAGCCGCUCUUGUCGGCAUCAAGACUCUCGGCGUCACACUGAUCAUUUUGAAACUGCUGCUCAUUGCCGGCGCUGUCAAGAUCGGCGCUUUGUUCGGUCAAAAGGGACACCACUCUAGCGGCUGGGAGCCUCCGCCUCACACGCCACAGAAAGAAAUACAUCUGCACAUACACAAUGGUCAACAUGGACAUAGUGGCCCUGAUGAACAUAUACCCUUUUCGUCAUGGAGCAGAGACGGAACACAAAGUUCGUCGGAUACGAAACCAAUGAACGUUGUCUACGAACCUUACGUCGCUGGACCUCAAACGAUAAGUACGCCUUAUGGAAAUUAUGUAAAAAUUUGAUUAGAUUGAUUGGUAACCAUAGUUGAAAAAGUAUUAUUAUUAGAAUAUAAU